CUUAAAAGUGAGGAAUAUUCGAAACUUGCGGAACGAAAAAGCUCAGCUGUUUUAUCAAAGUAGUCGUUGCCUUGGUUGACAAUGACGUUUCACACAGGGCGUCUGUUGGUCGGUCGUGAAAAGGAGCAACAGUUUUUGUUUUCGUUAAUGUGUAAAAAAAACCCUUUAUCCACAUGCUUUGUUAUCACAGGCCCUCCGGGUUGUGGCAAAUCAGUUUUAGUGUCCUCAACAUUCGAACUUCUGGAAGAGUCUUGUGGAAUGUUAUGGGUGUUAAUUAGCUGUCUAGAAAGCUUUGUGGGGACCCAAGGGACAUGUGGAGCUACUUCAUCAAGAUAUUUUCUUGAAUUGAUUUUACAGUCGAUUAAGUGUCGUUAUCUGCCCGAAGCUGAUUUAUGUAUUAGUUGUGAAGAUACCUCCAAUUUCAUAGAUAACUUAUGUCAAAUUUUGCUAGCUAUCGGAGCUAGAAAUACUCAUGAACAAACUUGUGUGGGGUUAAUUUUCGAACAGGCUGAGAGACUGUGCGAUGGGGAAUCACUAGUCUUCCCCUUAAUAAUCGGUCUUGGAGCUUCUGUAAAUGAAAAGUUAAAUCAAUUAGGCAGUCUUCACACACCACUGUUGUUCACUGUCCUGGUAACUAGGUUGCCAUGGGAGAAGUUUAAUUUCGGGACAUUCAGUUUUGAACCUUAUGUUAUCUCUGUUGAAAGUUAUUCUCGUGACCAGUUGGCAAGAUUACUUACAUCUUUGUUACCGUCUAAUGCAUCUGAAUCUCGUUUCAACAGGUUUGUUGACUUACUGUUAACAGUUUGUUUCCCUGUUUGUCGUAACGCUGGUGAACUCAUUCAUUUAAUGAAUAUAAACUGGAAUGCUUUUAAUGAACCUGUAAAUAAAGGGUUGGUUGCGGCGGACGAUGAAUGGGGUCAAUGGAAGUUGGCUCAACCAUAUCUCAAAAAGUCUUUGUCUACUCUGUAUUUGCGUCAUUAUGAGGAUUCAAAUUUAGAUUCUCUGUCUACGAAAAACGCUGGGAGACAAAAUUUUUUGGAAUUACCUUAUUUGACUAGAUUUUUACUUAUUGCUGCAUUUAUGGCUUCACAUAAUCCCCGUUCAUCGGACAAAAAGCUCCUGACAAAGGUGACUACAGAUUUUACUUUUCGUUGUAGAAAAUUUAAUUCAAAAUGUUUGACCUGUCCUGAAUUUCUCCAUGUUAAAUCUUUUACCUCUAAACACUCGCCUUUAUUAGUACUUCAAAGAUUUCUUAAGCACUUUCAUUUACAAAUCCUAUUUCCUGACCCACAUAUAUACAGAUUUAUUCGCUUCCUUUUUUACUAUUCUAUUUAGAACUCCGGACGUUUAAGUACCCGUAAAAAGAAACAGGAAAAGGUAGUAUACAAGACACAAGCAGAGUUUACUGGCCCUCGAAUCUUCACCUUAGAUCGCUUGUUGGCAAUAUUCUAUGUCCUAGUACAAAAUGAAUUUGCAAAAGUACCAUGCACAAGUAUUUUAAUGAGUCAAAUUGCCUGUUUAACAGCAUGUGGUCUUUUAUCGCCAAGUUCACAGGCUUUGUCUGUUGGGAAUUCAUCUACUACUGGAUUGAGUACAACAAAUAGUUCGGUUAACGCUAUAUCUGAUUUAGACCCUUUGGCUAACCCUAAAUAUCGUUGCUUGAUAAGUUUAGAAAUUGCUAAAAGUAUAGCACAGUCGGUUGACUUUGAUUUGUUAUCUCAUCUUACAGAGAAUUAUAACUCGUGAAAAAUAUACAUUUACUGAUUUAUUUAUUUUUGUAUCGAGAUUCUUUGUAUUUUUGUGUUUGUAUAUAUUAUUCUCAGAUUUUAUAGAUAAUUUGACGUAUGUUCUAUAAAUUAUUUAACUUUAUGAUAA